CAUAGUAGGAUUCGUAUCGUUUCGAACAUAGAUAUAACGCACGCACACGCAGUGCAUUAUGGGAAUGAAAAUGGAAGGUGAGAAACAACAUACAUAACGCAAACGUGUGUCGUUUCGAGGAACUUUGAGCUUUAAUAGUUGCGCUGAGGAAAACAACACAAUGCAGAGGGUGAUUUUGUUUAGCGGCGCUUUCAGAGCGACCCUGACAGGACCAGGCGGACUCCACGCGCGCUAUUCUCGCUGCUCGAGACGUGAGAAUGUGUGCAGGACGCAGCUUAGAAAACACUCUCAGGAUCAACCUAGCGAUAAUACAGUACACUUUCGCUGUUUCAGCUUACCGCACAGGACUCUCAUCAGUGUGUCCGGACAAGACACGACCUCACUUCUUCAAGGAAUAAUAACCAAUGACAUGGCUCUUCUGGAAGAGGAUGCAGUGUGUGCGAUGUAUGCUCACAUUCUCAGUGUUCAAGGCAGGACACUGUACGACAUCAUCCUUUACAGUUUAAAAGGGAACCCAGAUGGAUUUAAUGGUGUACUUCUGGAGUGUGACAGCACUGUACAGGACUCCAUUAUGCAGCUUCUGAAAGUUUACAAGAUACGUCGCAAAGUAAACUUCAGCUUGUGUCCCAGUCUCUCACUAUGGGCUCUGUUACCUCAAAAUAAAGCUGCAGUACUGGGGCAGUCAAAGCCAGAUGUUACUGCAGCAGAUAAAGUGUUAGUACUGGAGCAAGACCCAAGAACUGAACUCAUGGGCUGGAGAAUGAUCACUAGCUGUCAGAAUAACCCACAUGAGAUCAUCUCUGCUUGUCGAGAGGGCAACAAUGAAGAAUACCACAGACAUCGCUAUGAAAUCGGACUGCCUGAAGGAGUGAAAGACCUUCCGCCAGGUGAGGCCCUUCCGCUGGAGUCUAAUCUUGUCUUCAUGCAGGGAAUUAGCUUCAGCAAGGGAUGCUACAUCGGACAGGAACUGACUGCCAGAACUCACCACACUGGUGUGAUACGAAAGCGCCUAAUGCCUGUUACCAUGUCUGCUCCGGCUGAGACUCUGGACCAAGGUGCCGCUCUUGAGACUGAGGGGUGCAAACCAGCUGGGAAACACAGGGCAGGAAUGGACUUGCUGGGACUGAGCCUUGUACGCUUGGCUCAUGCCAAAGAGCCACUAAAACUUAAAUCCUCUGAUGGCAUGACAGUGACUUUACAGGCUACUAUACCUGACUGGUGGCCAAAAAACAGUAAAGAUUAAUGAAUCAGCAACACUAGAAAGGUCAAAGGCCCACCUGAAUGAAUUGUGAUGCAGAUCAUAUUUAAUUAAAAAAAAUUAAAACUAUAACUUUCACACAGAAAUCUGAUGACAAUGUUUU